UUGAUUUGGAGCAGCGUAUAUAAGAUGAUUUCGAACAGGACUUUUAAGAAAAUGAUAGGUUUUGUAGCUUGUCUCUUGGUCUCCACGGCCUUCGCAUGUGCCCCACUCAAUCCGACGCAAAAUGACACGAAUUCGAGCAACUCUGUUACUAUGACCCUUGAAGUUAGCCCAAUUACUAGAUGGACUUUCCAUGCUACAAAUAGACCAGGACAACCAACAACAUCAGCUAAAGCUGUGACUUAUGCUAAAAAUGAUGUCGAUCAAGCGAUUAAACUCAUAUUAGCUGAGAACAAAAUGGAUCCAAACGCUUUAACUGUUGAGACCAAGUACACUGCUCAACAAUGCCAGCUUUUUGAUGUUUGUCCCGCCGCGGCCAAUGCAGUACCAAAUUCUUGUAUCGGCACCGAUGUGGGAACUGUCCCCGAUGAAUGCAAUGCAGACGGCUCCAGUACUCCUUUAGUGAAAGAAAUAACUGUCAAACUUACUGCCAAAAUUCCGGUGCCCACAAGCGAUUGGCAGAGACUCGCUUAUAAACUCCGUGAGAAGUUGGAGGUCAAGAACGUAAUGUUCGAGAAAGAUAUCAGUUUAACUCAAUAG